ACAUCUCAAGCGUUGCAGUCGCUUUCCAUCCGAACUCGAUCCAAAGCCAAAGCCAAGUCCAUCGUCUCUGCACUCCUUGGCCAACUCAACUAUCGUGUGUACUUAUUUUCGGCCAACAGCUGCGUGUCUGGCGCAGAUUCGCGUGAAAGUGGUCCAAAUCAAUCACAAAUAACCCGGGAUACAGCGAGUGCCUGCAAUUAUCGCACUCUAAUCAGCAAGUCACAGCCUUAAUUAUGUUUCUCACAAAGAGUUCAAGUGCGCGGCACUCGCUGCUGCUGCUUCUGUUGGCUUUCUGCUGCCUGAGCAGCGCCUUCGGGGCCAAGAUAACCAAGAAGGCGGAGAAGCCCUCGGAAAAACCAGAGGCGGAGGCCGCUGCAUCGCCGGCUGAGGCUGAGGAGAACGACGACAACGAGGAGAGUGAUGAAGAUGAUGACGAGGAGCCGGCGGAGGAGGAGCAAUCCGCUGCGGAUGCAGACAAAGAAGCCGCCGCCGCCUCCGGCAGCAAGAACCCCACUGCAGUCCAGGCCGCCACGGAUCCCACGGAUCUCAGUGUCUGGGGCAUGGUCCGCACUCUGUGGAGCUGGCUGCGCAGCGACCUCAGUGAAAGCCUCUUCGGCGAUGACGAAAGCGACGACGGGAAGCCCGCGUCCGGCAACUCAGCUGUGGAGGGUCGUACCUUCGGCAAGAUCCGCCGCCUGCAGAUGGCCCUCAUCCCGAUCAUCUUCAAGUUCGGCGUCCUCUCGGCCAUGGUGGCCUUCCUGGUGGCCAUCGGGAUGAAGUCGCUGUUCCUGCUCAAGGUGCUGGUGCUGAUGAACGCCAUCGCGAUCCUGGGCAAGUUCAUCACGCUGAAGUCGAGUCUCUUCGGUCAGUACGAGCACACGGCGCCGAGCUUCAACUACCCGGGCUGGAAUCCGCACGCCAAGGAGUCCUGGGGAGUCACUGCACCCACUGGACACGGAAGCGGGCAUCCGCCCAGCAAGGAGAUUCACCUGCACAUCCACGGGAACGCCCAGACGCAGGCACAGCUGGCCGGGCAGGGAUACCAGUACGAGUCGCAGUCGGGCGGGUGGGCCAGUCGGUCGGAUCCGUACGGAGGAUACGCUCCCACUGGCCAAUUCACCGAUAGCCAGCCGGUGGGCGGGAUCGCUGGUGAGGUGCCCAACAACACCGAUCCCAUGUCCCUGCUGCCCACAAAGUACAGGGCGAGACGCCUCAUCCGCUGAGCAUAAGGAAUAGGAGGAUCAGGAGGAGGAGCUGUCCGCGAAGGAUUCCGCAGGAAGUCAUCGACCACCGCGUUAAUUAGCUAGCACACACUUAGUCAGCGACUUUUCGAGGACGCAGCUUUACGUACACCUAAAACUAUAAUAUUUAGUUACGAUUCUAGAGUUUAGCUAAGUUAUUUGCCCCGUAGCCCUAAUCUAAUGAAUGAAUGAUAAUUUGUAACAAAUAAAGUAGCCUAAUAGUA